AUGAUUGGUGCUGGUGGUAUGCCAGGUGCCGGUGCCGAUGCUGCUGGUUCUUCCGAUGAUGCUCCUCCAUCUGGUGCUCAACCAAAACUCUCUCGACUCUUACAAAUUGAACAAGAUUUUGCUGCAAAAGAUGACCUUGGUAUUAUUUCCGAAAUACAUGAUAGUAACCAAAAGAUUCUGUUGAUAUCAUGCCACACCUUGAAUGCGGAUCAUUCUCUCAACACGGAUCAUGUAAUAGUCAAGAUUGAUACCAUCAUUAGAUCAUACAAGAUCCGAAAUCCCAAUACCACAAUCAAGGCACCUCUCAUGAUUAAAACAUCCAACUCGGAGGCAUUCCUACAAAGAUUGAACAAAUUGGGGGUAUGCAGAGAAGUGAAGGAAAAUAUAGUGUUCUAUGAUGAAAUUUCAAAAUUUAGCAAAUUUGCAAGUUUGUUUUGUGAUUGUUGCUUUCAAAACAUGUUGGAACGAAAGCAAAUUGGUUUCAAUUUUAAAACCUUGUACAUGUUGAAAAUGCAACUCAGGAGGCCUUAUCCUUCAUGUCUGGAUCGAUUUAAAAGUGAUAUUAUCAUUGGUGCUUAUAUUGCCUUUCCAGAGUUUGUGUUUGGUGUGACGAAUGUUUGGAUUAAUGAGAAUGAAAGUUUUGGAGUUUACAAGAUGAAAAACAGCGACCAGCUACUAAUUCACAGUCAAAGUCAAGUUGUAUUGGAGAAUCUUUUUUACCUAGGAUAUAUUGAGAGUAUGGAAAGUUUGGUUUCAAUCCAAGGAAGCUCACUAUUGGGUUCUAGAGUUUCAUUUAGAGGAUCAAAAUCUGACAAGUUGUACAUUCUUCCGUGCAUAUCUUUAAUGAAUAACCUAAUAAUGGCAUCUGUUCCAUCUCAAGUGGAAUUGGAUUAUAAAUCAUGGUUGAAUAUUGGAACAAGAGAGGAUUGGAAAUCAUAUGUAGAUCAGUGUGCCCCAACACCAUUUCUCAAUAACUCAAAUCCAACAAUUGGUUAUUUCCCUGCCCUAUAUAAGGGUCCAAAGCAUCUUUUCAAUCGAUCAGAUGCUUCGUUUGUAAAUAUUGAGGAGGUUUGGGAUAUUUUACAUAACAACAAAUUACCAGAAAAGAGACCAAAAGACAGAAACACUUCACCUGGAGAAGUGACAGUAUUAUUAGAUGAAACGUUUGAUAGUAAUGUUCUAAGGAGAUUUCUCCAGUUGAAAUUGAGAUUUCCAUUGAACCAAAAUGUAUUAUCUUUAAGAGGGAAGAUUGUGGAUUGGUUGUUUAACCAUAAUCUAGUACUUCCAGUGACUGAAGACCGAACAACUACUCAACUAGUAAUACGUAAUGAAUCUAUUACUGAUUCAUCAGAAACUGCUAUAUUCUAUCCUGUAAUUAAUGACGAGCAGAUAUCUAAUUUAUUCCUCAAACAAGAGUAUUUGACAAAACUAAAAAAUAGCCUGUCAGCAUUCUUAAUUCUCCUUUUCAACUAUCUGGAGAAAAAUGGGAUAGAUUAUGAGAGAGAUCAUCCUUUUAGAGAUUACUUGGAUGCAAAUCAAACCAUUUGGAAAGAUUAUGACAAGAAUUUAAUUCACUAUCAGCUAGUUGGUAGUACCAAAAUCCUCUCAGAAUUGAGCUAUCAAUCUAUGUUUCCUAAACUAAAGCCAAGUAUGAUUAUUUCUAAUCAGUAUAUGUUACUAGAUGGAAUGAGAAUGGAGAUUCAAAAUAUGGAUGAUUUGAAACGACAACUGAUAGAUUUAUAUUCAGCAACAGCCUACAGAAUGACAAUCGUUCAUGGAAUGUUUGAUGAUCCUUCUUUUGAUAGAACAGUUGCUAACAGUUACAUUCUUUCACUGAAUAAUUAUCUGGAAAUAUUAGAGAGCCAUAGUAAAACAGAAGUUAUUGAAGAGGAGGAGCUAGAUGAGCUCGAUUACCUAUUUAUAGCUCUUUCCUCGAAACAUUUAUUGAAAUCAUACUCUUACUAUGCUGAGUUUAACAUUAGAUAUGCAUUUAAUGACGGCUGGUAUACUGCACAAAUGGUUUUUAAAGAAUAUGUCCAAAGAAAGAAUUUUAUUAAGAGGAAACCUAACACUCUACUAAUCAAUAAUUUCCUAAAAAAUCAAUUAAGAAUACUGCAUCCAAUUAUACCAGCAUUCGCAUCUUACUGUUGGACUGACAUACUUGGUAUCAAAGAUUCAAUACUCUGUUAUGAAAAUAUUCCAUUACCUGAUCCUAAAUAUUUACUGUCUAAUCAUUUAAUAAGAGCAGUACUUCCAAAAUCCAAGUUGAGGAAAAGAAAAUAUUCAACAGCUAGGAUAACUGUUUGUGACAAGAAGGAGGAAUGGCAUGUGAAAGCCUUAGCAGCUCUCAAAGCACAUGAAGAGUAUAUUAAUUCACAAGAUUGCUUGAACAAACUUUUCUUGUACGUAAAGGAUUAUUUGAAAGAAAAAGAUAUCAAAACGAUAAUGCGAUAUAUGAGUGCUCUGUGUGAGUUGUACAAAGAACUGGGAUCUGAUAUUUUCAUGAAUGGAAUGAAUAUGAAUUGCUCAAGCCACAUUUUGAAUGGAUUAGUGAACAAUUCCAAUUAGAUGGAUAUCCAAUUGAUUGUUACUUGGAAAGGUCAUCUGAGAACUCAACCAUAGCCAAUCCUUUCUUUCCUAUUGUAAAAUUAAUUGAUUAAUGAGCUUUAUUUACAUAUUCCAUACACCUUGGAUAAUUCCAUUCAUCAAUAUUUACAGAUGAUACACUCUUUCCUUCAGCCAUCUGUGUCAAUAAAUCUGUC